CGAUUGGUGGAGCGGCCCGGCUUCCCUAAACGAGCCGCUGUUGUUGUAUUGAUAGCUGAGGAUAACUGUAAUCGUGUCUGAACCGGCGUGACUUCUCUUUAGGAUUUAGAUAUACAGCGUGUAGGGGGCAGGUCCGCUCGUUUUUAUUUUGAGAGAGGCGGGUAGUUACCAUUACUGCUUGUUAUCUGAAGGCCUUAUUGAGAGGCGCAGUUUCCCCUACUGUGCCAGUGGUUCGCUUGUAGGACGUUCGUGCAAACCAGGGCCUUGGUAUCUGGGCAGUUAUAAUUAUCCAUAGGAACUUGGAAUAAAAUCGAUUUUAAUUCUGGAAUGGCUACAUAUAAGCUAAUCCUUCUGAGGCAUGGCGAAGGGGCAUGGAACAAAGAAAACCGGUUCUGCAGUUGGGUAGAUCAAAGACUAAGUAGCAAUGGGGUUAUCGAAGCACAGAAUUGUGGCAAGCUACUGAAGCAGCUGGGUUAUGAGUUUGAUGUUGUAUUCACCUCUUUGCUUACUCGCUCUAUUGAGACAGCAUGGCUAGUUUUGCAUGAAAUGGGUCAAGAAUGGCUUCCUAUUUGCAGCACCUGGAGACUUAAUGAGAGGCACUAUGGUGCUCUGAUAGGCCUUAACCGAGCAGAAAUGGCAUUAAAUCAUGGAGAAGAGCAGGUAAAACUGUGGAGAAGAAGUUAUGAUGUGACACCUCCUCCAAUAUCUGAAGCACAUCCAUAUUACCAUGAAAUAUACACUGAUCGCAGGUAUAAUACCUGUGACAUCCCAAAGGAUAAGCUACCAAAAACAGAAAGCUUGAAAGAUGUAGUUGACAGAUUACUUCCCUACUGGAACAGUAUGAUUGUACCAGAGCUUAGAAGGGGUAAAAGGGUCUUGAUAUCUGCGCAUGGAAACAGCACUAGAGCACUGCUUAAGCAUCUAGAAGGCAUCUCCAAUGAAGAGGUCCUCAAACUUACUGUGCCCACUGGUGUACCAGUUCUCCUUGAACUAGAUGAAAACAUGCAUCCAGUAAAACCACAUGAAUUUUUAGGAGAAGCAGAUGCUAUCCAAGCAGCUAUUAAGAAAGUUGAAGAGCAAGGCAAAGCUACUGUUAAGAUUCCUGUGAAGUAAACUAUUGCAAGAGACUCUUAUUAGCUGUGUUUGGAGUGGUUUGGCUAUGGUUUGGCAUUUGUUACUUAUUUGACUACUUUAUCAACUCCACUGCCACUGAGUGUCAUCAGGGGCAGCUGCUUUGUCAUAGUGUCACAUCACUUGUUCCACCAUUGUGUAGGCCUGAGGUUAGCACUUGAUUUGAAUGAAUGUAGGUUUUCCUUUGGCACUGUAGUUACCUGAAUGAAAAAUAAAAUAAGUUGGGCAGUCUCUGUUGUCAUUUCACUGAAAGAGUAGGCUGUGGGUGUACUCCGUAAACUGCUUGUUUGAAAGUGUUUUAUAUUCUGCAUUUAAGAUAUGUAAAAACUGUUACAAAAUCUGGGCUCCAUUUUUUGAAAUGCAGCUUAUUUCUACUCCUUUUAACUGCAGAAUACAUCUUGCUUGUCAUCCAUUUCCAGUCUAUAUUUUGUAGACUAUUAACCAUUGUAUGUUUUGACUGGUAUAACCACUUGCUUCCAAGUUAGCGUGCUUAUCCCACUGUACCUUUUUUAUCCUAAUGAGCUAGGAUUUUGUUGGUUGUGCAGUUUUGUUUUUCUUUUAGCAUACUUUAGCACACUUCAUUGCUUUUCACAGCUGUCUCCCCCUCUCUCUCUUUUUGGCUAAGUACUGUUGUGUGGCUUGUCUGAUUUAUACAGGAAUGCCAUGGGAUAGUAAAGAAAGCUGUUUGAGCCAGUCUUUCUCAUCUGCCUUGAAAAGGUUCCUUUUUUCAGAACUGUAGGAUGGCAGAGAAUCUGCUACAUUUUUUAAUGAUUCCUUCGAACAUCUAUGCUGUGUGAUAGUGGGGUGGUGGUACUGUUCUGAUUUCCUCCUUUAGUUUAAGAUACCACUCUCGAAGCAAUCUGCCCUGGCAGAGUUAGUGACCAGUCCUGAAGACUCUGCAUUUUUGGAUUUGCAUGAUAUUUUGAAGAUUUGACCAAAUCCAGACCUGACCACAUGGAAUGCAUGACUAUUAUCACUCUGCAUAGCAUGCGCAUAGAGAUGCCCUUCCUCUGGGCCUGUACUCCUCAGUGUUGUACAGGUCAUAAACUGCAGUACUGUGAUGUACUGCUGUUGCUCUGUGGUUCUAGGCUGAAGGCCUACACUGAUUAAAGCACAAGUAUAUGAGAGAAAUGUGCCGUUUCUGCAAAAUGGUUGGAUACCUAAGGAAGGUGAAAUAGAGCGAUAUAAUGGACCUUUCUCCGUAGUAAAAUGCUACUGUACUCUACUCGAUGUAGCCUUAGUAUUAACUUAAACAUCAGGUCCAAAGGGACAAAACUCAAUUGGUCAUUGCAAUUCUUUUUACUCUUAGAACAGUACUGUAUGACAGGAUAAUGGUCUGAGGUGCCAGAAUGCUUAGUGUUAUCUUAAAACUAAGCUUUAAAAAACACUUUUCUGCAGUACUUUUCAUUUAUUUUCUACGUGGGACAUCAAUUGGUAACAUUUUGCCACCAAUUCUGAGUGUACGGUAGAAGGUGGUUGCCACCUGUUGCUUCCCCCAGAGAGUAUUGGAGAAAUAAUUUGAAAUCUUAUUUUAAAUACAGUUACUUAAAAUCAUUAAUUAGGGUUGCCACCUUUUGUUGUGGCUAAACCCUGACCAAGGCCACACCACUGUUACCUCCCAUACCCUGCCCAUCUCCUCCCCUCUCCCCACCUAUUUUGACAUUGUUGCAUCACAUGAGGAGGAAUGCCCUUUUUUUUUAACAAACUGCGGUAGUCUGUUUUUUGAAGCAAAAUACCAGUUUGUCUGGUAGUCUGAAAAAUAAUGUAAAUCAGUUUAAUUUUCGGAUAGUCCAGAACAAAUCAGAUAUUUGAGAAUGCUAGUAUGUUGUUCCUGAGGAGAUAUGGAGACAUUUCCUUCUGUCAACUAUGUUGUGCAUUUAUAAGCUUUAGAUUGUAGAAGAGCACUUUAUUUUCAACCUCCUUUGUGAAUCCAGCAGUCUUUUUUUGAAAAUGCAUCCUGAGCAGUGAACACUGCAUCAAACCAGCAGUCACCAAGAUCUUUAAGAUAUGCAACUUAACCUAAAUUCUUUUUCUGUAUUUGGUAUCUCCUACUACUAAUUUACCUCAUGGCAAGCCAUCUUCAGUUUUCUACACAAAGUAUAUAUAAUAAUCAAAAUGCAGCACAUGAUGACGCUAAUUUCAGAAGCGGGAAACUAUCAAAUGCUUCAUGUCGGGGCAUGCAACCACAGUUUAAAACUUGGUGAUGGGGCAAUGCUCGAAAGUGUGUAAAAGAAAACUGGUUUAGAAGGAUAUCUUGCCCUGCAACAAGAAACAAAGUAACGUGACUUUCUGCACUUUCUUUUAAUUUGUUUAGUAGUAAUGCAAAAGUGGCAACUUAUUUGCCGUUUUUCUUUUUCUAUCCCAGUUUCCUGAGGCUUUCUUUUCUACUUUUUUAAUCCAUUAAAUUGUAAUUACUCCCUUGGCUUUUUAUUGUACUUUACAAGACUACAUGAUUCUAAGUUAUUUUUCAUUCUUCCAGAAAACUAGCCAGUUAAGUGCAUUUAUAACUUGUCAGAGCAUGUGUACUGAUGUUGUCCGGUUCCAUAAUAUUGACUUUGGACAGUGUUAUCUUUUCUUUUGAAAACACGUAUGCAUUAAAACUGCUACAUUUGGAAGAAGUCACAUUUAUAUAAUUGGAGGAGGGCAACAACAGUGAUUUGUAUAUUCGUCUUUUUCUCCACAAAUAGAAAGUUUGCACGUUCUUAGUCUUACUUAGAAAUUUUGCACUGCUUUAUUUCUUGCAUGCAGAUUACCAGUGCUGUUAUUUUUAUUUUAUUUUUUUUUACAUGCUUUCUUGGAUUUGUGUGCUUAACUUUUUUGGAUUGUUGAGAUCAGUGUGUUAUUCACUUACCAAAUAAAAAGUAUACAUCUGUGUUUAACUUUGGAUGUUUUCUGUUGACAUAUGCGACAUCGAAUCACAUUUAUAAUUUAAAAAUUUGACAGUUCUGUGCGUAAAUGAUAUAUGAAAAAAUGUCAUAUUUUUUGCAGGAAAGAAGUAUUUAAAAGUAUUGCCCCUUGAAAUAUUGGGUUAUUUAUGUAUUUAUUUUUAAAAAAAUAUGCAGGUAAUAUAUACCCAGUUCUGCUUUCACUUGACUUGCUCCUGUAAUUUGUCUGUGCAUUUUAUUAGUUUGUAUGUAUCAAAGUUCUAAAUAAAUUGCUCUAAAAGUA